AUGAUUAAGUCACGACGUGUGGUGAAACAACAAAGAAAUCUAUUUAAUCACUCUAGUAAUAAAGAUGGUGGUAUUUUAGAAUUCACAUACACAGCCUCUAAUGACAAUCUCGUAACUGGGGAGACAUUUGAACGAGUUAUUCAUGAAAAAUUUAAAGAUCUUCCAAUGUUUAAAAUUCGUUUCCCAUGCACUCCAUACCUACUUUCCGGUGGAGAAUUACUAUUUUCCAAUUGUGAUUAUGAUUCAUGGGCCGUAAGGGUAGGGAAUAUGAAGCUUGAAGAUGGUAGGAAAAUUGAAA